AUGGAUGAACUCACCUUGGAGUUAAGGGACAAGGAAGACUCAGAAUACCAUACAACACAGAAGGCUGCGACCACACGUGGCUCAAGUUCCAGGGUCACUGCUAUCGCUACUUCGCCCAUCGGCGCGCAUGGGAAGACGCGGAAAGGGAUUGCCGACGUUGCUCAGGACACCUCACCAGCAUUCAUUCCUGGGAAGAACAUAAUUUCAUUAGCACAAUACGAGAAUUGGCGUGAAAACCAGCCAGAUAAUUUCUUUGCCGGCGGCGAGGAUUGCGUGGUGCUGGUGUCCCACGAGACUGGCAAAUGGAACGAUGUCCCGUGUAACUACAAACUUCCCUACGUCUGCAAAAAAGAUACAGUGCUGUGUGGGCCGCCUCCUCUGGUGGAAAACGCUUCCCCCAUCGGAAAGAAGAAGGAGAGGUACAGUGUUCACUCGACCGUCCGAUACCAGUGCGCAGAAGGCUUCCUCCAAAGACAUUUGCCCACCAUCAAAUGUCACGUCAACGGCCUGUGGGAGAACCCCAAAGUCCUCUGCACAAAAC